AUGUCUCAAGGGCUGCAAUCUUGCCUAGACCCUCAAAUUCUUGAACCACAUGUUCUAAUGAACAAAAUGUCUCCUCCCAUAUCAAAAAUUUCUCCACAAGAUAACUGGAGCUUCACGCAAAUCCUCAACAACCCUACUUCCUACAAUUAUCAACCCGAUAAUAAAGAAAACGCCAUCUACAUUCACCCCUCAACGAAGCUAUCUUCAUCCGUUAUGAGCACGAGAAGCUUGGAUAUGUGCACGGAGAUCUUAGGGAGCGAAUCGGGUAGUUUUUUGAGUGAAAGCAUGGAUGAAAGAGACAGUUCUCGUGGCGUUCAACGAUCAAAAUGUCGAGAGUUCAAGAAAAGAAUAAAGAAGACGGUGGAUUUUCCGCCUCCAUUGACAUCAAUCAGUGGAAUGGAAAGGGUUCGAGUAAAAUCUCAUCGUGAAGGCAGUCGUUUAGUUUUAAGAGCUGUAAGCAUCUCUGCUUGCAGCUCUUAUUUCCAAGCUGAGCGUGCAAAUGGCACGCUCAGACUUUCUUGGUUAAAAAAAGGUCUUACUAGCCUGAAAAAUGACAGUACUAGUUAUGUAGAAGAUAAAGUUGAACAAAUUACUGAAGUUGAAAAUGUUGAAGAAGCUGGUGAUGGUUAUUGGAAAGAGGCAAAUAGUUGCCCAAAAUUAAGAAGUGAAAUUGGGGUUCCAAGACCAAGAAGGUGCACAGAAAAAAGUCGAAGUAGAAGUAAAGGGAUUUCAAACUGGGGCCAAUUUUGGGUGGCCAUUUCCUAA